CCGACAAUGGCACAACUUGCCAAUAAAGAAACAGGUGAUAUUUUAAACCAGUCUCUACCUAGGUGUCUUUGUCGACGCUAGGCAGUAGGCACUCUCAGAAGAAGGAUAACCCAGCGGCCAACAAAGUCGGUAACGAGUGCUGGGCAUUGGACACAACGCCCGGAUGACGAAUGAAGUCUUCAACUUCGAAAAUUUUCUCCAGAAUUAACGAGGCCUUUGUCAUGGUAUCCGAACUCGGACCCGCUCUAGCCCAUGUUUUGCGAGCCUCAACAGUCAUGUCUCGACAUCUCUUUAUUUGCACUGCAGAGUUUGCAACAAUAACAAGCACAGAUUUUUACAAUAACAACCACCACAUGUACAGCAAAACGUCCAUUCACUAGUAGAUUCUCUGGUCAUCCACGCCCAUCCACCCUUCAAGUGUCGUUCCACAUCCUCGAAAGAAAAAGUCUUUCGCCUCCAAAAGCCUCCCUCUCGAAAAUCGAAACCAACAACAAGUAUGUGCACAAACACCAAGAUAACGUACCUCCUCUGCCUCCACAACAUCUCUCAAUUCCGAUCUUGCCGCCCCAUCAUCACAUUCCUCCUCAGGCGCGGACGCUGCGAAACGAAUUCUACUGAAGCCUUCAUCAACGAUUACUGUGAACGCUGCCGGCACUUCUGGGACCGCUAUUCCAUCUCGGAAGAAUCGCGACGGGCUCGCGCUGCUGAUUUCCGACUCGAGUCUGAUUAUCAUGGGCCGAUUACACCGAGUGCAGUCCCGAGUGCUGGGGGAAAGGCGUGGUUUUUUGGGUUUGUAAAGGAUGAGGAGGAAAAGCCAGCGAGGGAUGUGAGUGAGCUGAAGUUGAGGCGGAAAGUGGAUGUGGGUGAGGCGUCCAUCUCAGACAUGACGGAGAAUAAGGGAAAGAGACGAGAUUCGAUGGAUUCGGGAGGGACAGUGUGGCCAAGUGGGAUUGGAGAGAAAGAUGGCGAUGAUGAGUCGAAACGACUUGGUCCUGAUGAAUAUGGAAAUGAUUCGGAUGUGGCUAGUGACUGGUCGAGAGGUGAGGGAGUCAUCAAACCGGAGGAAUUCGAUCUGCAACAUCUGGAGAGACAAUUGUGCGGUUCGAUGGAGGAGGAACAAGGGGCUGAGAAGCGAGAUCAGAGACUGAGGCCUGCUGCACCGAUGCCAGGUAUUACACUGCAGCGUAGAACAAGUAUGAUACAUCAUUAUCCCGCUGUUGUUACCAUUCCCCCAAUGCGAUUACUAAGUUUGUCUGUAAAUAUCUGCUAGAACCUGCGUUGUGACACUGCCAUCUUACAGUUGAAUUGCUGGUUUAGGCUUCCAAAGGGACCAUCCAAUCGCAAUGCCCAGUUUAAUUGCAGCAGCUGUCCACAGAGCCGCAGCCAGUCCAGCAGACGUCCUGCAGAUGAAACCACCCGCAAUACCGCCC